UAACAACAAUAUUAUCUUUGAACAACCAAUAAUAAACUCCAUAUUUCCAGCUCGCACUGCGCAGCCCACAAAUCUAUAACACAAACACAAAAGCAACAAUAUACUUCUCUUCGAAACAAAAAAGAGAGAGAGAGAGUUGUGUAUGAAAUGGGGGCUUACAGAGCAGAUGAUGAUUACGAUUACUUGUUUAAGGUGGUGCUGAUCGGGGACUCCGGUGUCGGCAAAUCGAACCUGUUGUCGAGGUUCACGAAGAACGAGUUUAGCCUUGAAUCCAAGUCCACCAUUGGGGUCGAGUUCGCCACCAGAAGUAUUCGUGUCGAUGAAAAGGUUGUCAAGGCUCAGAUUUGGGACACUGCUGGCCAAGAAAGGUAUCGUGCAAUCACAAGUGCCUAUUAUCGAGGUGCUGUUGGUGCCUUACUAGUCUAUGAUGUUACCCGCCAUGUUACAUUUGAAAAUGUGGAGAGAUGGCUGAAGGAGCUUCGGGAUCACACAGAUGCCAACAUUGUGAUCAUGCUUGUAGGAAACAAAGCAGACCUGCGGCACCUGCGAGCAGUUGCCACUGAAGAUGCCAAAGCAUUUGCUGAACGAGAGAACACUUUUUUCAUGGAAACAUCUGCCCUUGAGUCCAUGAAUGUUGAGAAUGCCUUCACAGAAGUGCUGACCCAAAUUUAUCAUGUUGUAAGCAGGAAGGCCCUGGAGGUUGGGGAUGACCCAGCAGCCGUACCCAAAGGAGAAACAAUCAAUGUUGGAACCAAGGAUGAUGUAUCAGCUGUGAAGAAAGUUGGAUGUUGCUCUACUUGAGCAUGGAGAGUUUAAAAUACAUUCUCUUUGAAAUUCUAUCCCAUGUUCAUAUCUUUGUAGAGAUCAGCAACUGAAUGAAAAGUGAUUUCUAUAGAAUAUUUACAGUGUGAACUUGUCUACCUUAGCUGAAAAUUUAGGAUCCAAAAGAUAUGUGCCUGUUCUUUUCUAUGAUUGAAUUUAAAGUACCUGCGUCCCCACUUACCCUUUUUGUAUUACUAAAAUUACUCAGCUGCUUCAGUUUUUUAUCAAGUUUGAUCGUUUUGGGCUAUAAAAGUUCAAAGACUGGUGGUUGAAUGGAAAGUGAAAAUGAUCAUUUUUUUCCCUUA